AUGUCUCCCGAAAACCGCCCAAUCACACCCCCGAUCGGCAGAUCUGUCGUGAACGGCCAAACGGUGCCAGUCUUCCAGCGGGACAGCGCAUUCCCUAACUCUGACUGGAAUGCGAGUCGGCCACACCACAUGUUUUGCCGGGAUUGGCACGAGGUAAUGAACGGCGAGAACCUGGAUGACGAAGAGAAGAAUCCAAGUGACGAAGAGAAGGCACGAGCAUACUUUGUGGCCAAAAGAAGGUGGGUUCGCAGGAAGAUCUGGCUCACGGAAUGGACCAGGAACCUCCUCCCAGGAAUGGAGUGGGGUCAUGAGUUGGUGGAGAAGAAGAAGUAG